ACAAAACAAAAUCUGCUUUUAUGACAGGCAAAAAUGGGAGCCCUCAGGGCCUUUGUGGCGGUCUUCUCCUUGGCCGUGAUGACAGGAGCUCAGCGUCCUCUAGGCCUACAGUUCCUGGAAGAUGCGCCGACAGUAACUCCAAGUCUCCUUACUACCCUGCCUAUGUCUGAGGCUGGUGCACCGAAGAGUGAGGAUAUUGAGGAGCAUUUACUUGCAGAUAAGAAUAGGGGUGUUACUGAAAUAACGGACCAGGACCAAAACCUGCAAGAUAUCCGAGAGAAAAUCAUGUCAACAAUGCCUUCCUCUGACCAAGCUGAGGUGACCACAGAAGAAGAGAUGCUGGGUCAGGUCUCGACUGUCACUCCUACGCCUGAGCCUCUUCCCACGCCACUGCCUGUUCUCAUUAGCAUGGAUGGUGCAGAAGGAAUUUUGAAAAGUCCAGAUGUAGAGAAACCAGUAGGCAAGAAAAAGUCAUCUGUUCCAAAGAAAGGAGUGGCAUAUGAACCUUCUUCUGUUGUUCCAAAAAAGAGUGCCGAUCCAGAGAGCGUGAAGCCAUCUGUAGUUCCCAAAAAAGGUGUUGAUUCGGAAGACUCCAAACCGUCUGUAGUUCCAAAGAAAGGUGUUGAUUUAGAAAACUUAAAACCAUCGGUAGUUCCCAAGAAAGGUGUUGAUUUAGAAAACUUAAAACCAUCUGUAGUUCCAAAAAAAGGUGUUGAUUCAGAAAACUUAAAACCAUCGGUAGUUCCCAAAAAAGGUGUUGAUUCAGAAAACUUAAAACCAUCUGUAGUUCCAAAGAAAGGUGUUGAUUCAGAAAGCUCAAAAUCAUCUGUAGUUCCAAAGAAAGGUGUUGACACUGGACUGGUUAAGCCCAUAGUCUCUGAAGCUAAUAUGCAAAUCACAACCCAGAAAGACCCAACAGUUGUGAAAGAGAGCACAGUAUCAGAUAGUAGCGCAGUGGUACCUAAAAAGUCAAUGUCUAAUCCAUCGUCAUCAGUCAAUGCCUUGCCAUCCAGUCUGCAGGAGAAACCUACGCCAAGCCUGAUUAGCCCCACCAAACCUUUGAAAGGAUCUCCAACCCCAAGCCCAGUACAACCCACUGUGCAUUUGGCUGGCCAGAAUGAGUCUUCCAACAGCACGAAGUCAGAGAGCAUCCCACCUUCAACUGACUCCAGUGAAAGCCACUCAAAGCCAACUGCAGCCAUAGACAACCUUGAUGCAAAGGAGAAGGAUUCAGAGGGAAGUGGGGCAUACACACCAGCUGCGGUGGGGAUCAUAUUGCUCUUAUGCAUUGUUAUCACUGUUAUGAUUUUAGGCAUCCGAAGGCUGCAGGACGUGUGGAUGAGAAGACACUAUGCUCGGGUGGAUUUCCUUAUUGAUGGAAUGUAUGACAUGUAGAGGAAUGGAGUCUUGAUUGUUGAAUUUUAUGGUCACAAAAAGUGAUGUGAUACAUAUUUUUAUACAUUUUUUUAGUUUUACAUCAAUUUGAAGUAAGAUUACAUUUUGUACACGUAUUUCAAGUGUUGCAUUUCUGCUUUACAUUUUAAAAAUUAGGGAUACCGUUGAUACUAUUGCAGCUUAAUUUAUUUUACUCUUUCUUAAAUGGUGCUUAGUCAUAGUAUUGAUAAGUGAACAGAUUUUUAAAAAAGUGUAAAAGGUAAAAACUCAGGUUUUAAAGUCAUGGUAGAGUUUAGCAUACAAUUAGAAACUGCAUAUUUGGAAAUAGAGAGUAUGAUAUAAAUAAUUUAUUCUUUUAAUGUAUUAUUUUGGUGCAUUAGAGUAUUUUUUAUAUACAGAUCUCCAGAUUGCAGAAUAGCAAUAUAGUCACUCAUAGUAAAUACCUAAACUUUGAAGUCAUUUUAUUUAUAUGCUGUAAUGUAAUGUGGAAAUUUAAAAAAUAAAAUGUGUUUGCUCAUGACUGACAGAUUGUUGUCAUUGUGAUGCUGUUGUUCAAGUAUCAUAAAACAGAUUUUGAAAAAAAAAGAUUCAAAUAUAGUAAAUUAAUAUGAAGAGCAGAUUUUACACCAUAUUGAAGUUUUUAUAGAAAUUGAUGUAAAAUUGAUUUAAAAUUGUUAUAGAUAAGAAAAGAAAGUUUAAAAAUAGAGAACACUGCAUGUCAGGUUUACUAUAAGAUUAGUUCUGACAUAUUAUAAUUCUAAUGGCCAUUUCUCUUCUUAGGUAUUAGUGCAGCUUUUUCCAUUCAUCUUGUGUUACAGUAAUGUUACUGUAUUACUUUAUAGUUAUGUUAUCAGUCACCAUUUAAAGUGAGUCAAGUGCUUGUAUUCAAGUACAGCUCACAGUAAGAGAAUCUGGUUGCCAUUUUAUUUAUGGUAAUUGUGCAACAUAGUGCUUACGAUGUUAUGUAUAUUAACUGUGCUAAUUUUCAAAAAUGUGGAAGCAGUUUCGAUCUUUCUGUUAACUACAAGCUAAUUUAUAAAAAAUAUAGAAACGGUUUUGAUGUUUCUGUUAACUACAAGCUAAUUUUCAAAAAUAUAGAAACAAUUUUGUCAUACAUAGCCAUAAUAGAUUUUGCAGUACUUUAGACAUGAUUUUUACUCCUAUAUGUAGUAAGAACGAUUUCUUUUAAAAUAAUUCUCUGUUUAUCUCCGUCAAGUGUCUUCUCAAAAGAAACAAGUGAAAAGUCUUUCAAAAUAUGGAAUAGUACGAAUUACUGUGCCUUUUUUAUGCCUUUUUAUGAAAUAAGAGAUGGCAGUGGUUUUGUCCAUGAUGUCUAUUUAAAUUAUGAUUUUUUUUUUACCUUUAUAAUAGAGCAUCUGUGAAUGUCUUUAUAGUAACUUUAGUAAAAUUGAUAUUUUUCUAAGGGUCAUAUCAUACAAAGUACACAAAGGAUUGCUGUUGUAGUUUAAGGCAGUAUGGGUUGCACAUUUAUGAAUUGCACCAUGAUGUUUGUCUGUUAGUGAAGGAUCUUUGCUCUUCUCUCGUCAAUGUUAACUCUUUUAUUACUAUUAUUAUUAUAUUAUGGGAACAGCAUUGUUUACCUAGACAAAUUCAUUUUUGGUUUAUGUAUGCAUGUGUGUAUAUAUAAAUGUGUGUGGAUGUAUAUAUGUAUAUGUA